GUGCACACGGAGUUCGGACUGCAGACGAGCAAGCGCACCGACUACGACGCCGACGUCGCCACGCAGGACCUCGAACUCUGCGCCAACGUCGCCUUCGCCGCGGCGCGCCAGUACAUCUGGGGCUACCAGGAGCUUCUGGACAUUACGGGCAUUGACGGAUGUCCAGACCUACACAUAGUCAUGGCCAGCGAAGAUGACAUGGCGAAGACUGCAGAGUACUUCGAUUGUCCCGACGGCUCGUCGCAGAACGACGAUGCGUGCGAGUAUCCGCGUACAGCGGGCGCUGAAGCCGUCUGGAACGGAACGCUACCGAUCUGCAAAGAUACGCAGGCGCCCGAGUGGGAGAACUGUCCGGAUGGAGACGGGGAGGAGUGGAUCGUUCCCGUCGACAACAGCGGCCCGCAGCCGAUCAACAUCACGUGGCCUACAGCUGUCGAUAACUCAGGCUUGGUCUACUACACAUCCGACCCAGCAGACCUGUCGUCACCCUACCUGUUCACCAAGGACACGGUCGUGACCUUCACCGCCAGCGACCAGGACGGAAACGUCGCCGUCUGCCUCGUGAAUGUCAGACUCGUGGACGUGGCGCCACCUAUCCUGAGCUGUCCGGCCGAGCUGUACUUCGACCACCGGCCAGAGGAGACGAUGUACGUGCUCAGUCACCUGCCGCACAUCGACGUCACCGACAACUACGGC